AUGGACCCUGUCAACUCUUGUGACACCGACCCUACACAUUCAAAUAACAUAUCUGGUCCAGAAAGGGCGUCCCCUGACAACGAAGGCAGCGUUUCGAGGGAUGACUCCGGCGAUGUCUUGGCUAUGGAGUUAAGGAAUCCCUCCGAUGCUCUACAGAUUCUGGCCCUUUCGGGCGAUCAGGCGCGAGCGCGCCAUUCGACUACAAGCCGCAACGGCGCAACGGAUCCUGUGAUGCAAGGCAGUAUGGAGACGACCUUGAGUCAGACGCGUGAGGCUCGAUAUCAUGCUCAGUCUACAGCCACUAUUUUCGAUGAUUAUGAGCUGGUCCAAAGAGGUCUACUGCGGCCAGGGCUCGUCUCCGAGCUACUACUUAAAUAUGCCCGCUGCUACCACCAGUACUGUCCAAUCGUCCCUUCAUAUUUGCUGCACUCUUCAAUUACAGCAAAGAUUAAGAAAUCAGAUUAUUUUCUACUAACUGUCAUCCUCACCAUAGCGUCAAGAGACGACCCGCAUCAUUCACUUACUCACCGCUACUGCUGGGAUCAUGUGCAACGCCUGCUGGUCGACGUCCUGCUUGCACAUCCAUGGACCCAGACGCCAAGGACUGUAGAGGGUCUAUUGAUUCUAGCCGAAUGGCUGCCACACAUUCAAAUACAGGAAACAACGUCUGAAGUGCCAAAGAAUUUGUUCAGCGAAGACCGAACGGCUUGGUCCCUUGUUGGGCUCGCUGUGCGGCAUGGCUACCUUCAACGUCUUGAUCAAGCCGCCUUUCCGAAUAACAGUAGCGGCGAGUCAAAAGAGCGAGCCGACCAAAAUAGGCUUGUGUGGGCAUAUAUCUUCAUGGCAGACAGGCAGAUAUCAGUCCGACUUGGCCAGUCCUUCUGGUCCAGAGGUCCCUCGCUCGCAGCCAAAUUCACAGCUCGGGAUUUUCCAACACUCAGACCAUGCCCAGAGAAUAAUCGUGAGGAUUACGCAUCUAUUCUUCAAGCGUCCAUGGAGCUAGUCCAGCUCCUACACAACGCCCAUGCCAUACUCUACUCAUCCAAAGAACGAACACUAGCAAUGGUCUACGAAGGUCAUUACUCGCGGUAUCUAGACGACUUUCGUAUCGCUGCAACAGCGUGGCACUCGACGUGGUCUGGCUUGUCGGUGUCUCCGAGUCUCAAGAGCACGCUCCUAAUCAUGUACGAGUAUAUUCUGCUAUAUACGAACGCAUUUUCCUUCCAGGCCGUCUUCACCCGGGCGUCGGACCCGCGCAAGUCGACGGCCCAGCGGCAGUCAAGCAAGAAUUUAUUCGCAGGGCUGUUGUCGAAUGGAAUCAUGGCGUCUCCCGACGGUCGAUACAUCUUUGAUGCUAUCAGUGCAGCUAUGAAUCUCCUCACUCUCAUCAACAGUCUGGACCCGCACCGGGUUGUAUGUUACCUCCCAUCACGCUACUACUUAUACGGCGUCUACGCCGCCGUCCUCCUCCACAAAGCCGACUGCGCAGGCGCAUUCCAAUCACCCGACAGGCGCCAAGAAGUAACCAGCCUUGCGCGCGAAUUCGUCUCCUGCCUCGAAAAUGCCCCCUCCACGGAAGUACACAUCUGCCGCAGCUACAGCCACAUGCUCAAACAGCUGUGGGUUGCCCGAGAGCGGAAAGCCAACCGUUCCUCCACACACACACCCGCAAGCUCAAGCAUGGACCUCAAUCGUCCGCAGCGGUCGAUAGCUCCGGAUCCCGAGCAGUCAACCCCAUCUGAGAGCUUUACCCAGUCGCGGUUCUUGCCCACGUUACCCGGGGAAGAUGGGACUGCGGCGUUUCCGUCUAUUGAGGAAUACUUGCUGGGAUCGUUUAUGCCGGGAGUUGCGGACUUCAGUACCUCCGGGUUUGAGGAGGGGCUUGCGCAGUGUCCGUUUGGUGAGGGUUUUCAGGAUUGGGGGUUGUACCAGGAUUCAACGAAUUCUCAUGGUCCUAUGUAG